AUGCAGCGGGAUGCGCGUGCGUGUAUGCGCGUCACAGACAGCUGGACGCGUGUGGCAGACGCGGAGCGCGACGCGAAGGAGACGCAGGAGGCCAGAGGAGGCCAGAGGAGCGGAGUAGAAGGGGAGACCAGAGGAGAGGAGGUGCACGGGGUGAAGAGGCGCGCUUUACUGCGGCGGAGCGCGUGUCCAGGCUGCCGCACCUCCUCCGCACCUCCUCCGGUCCCUCGGUCACGGCUCCAGAUGCAGAAGAGAGACAAGAGUUACGGGAUCCAGAUGCUGUCGGCACAGCCUGACCUGGCGCCCCGCGGCUGUGCCGGGUGUAAGAGGAAGAUCCAGGACCGGUUCCUCCUUAAGGCUCUGGAUCAGUUCUGGCACGAGGACUGUCUGAAGUGUGCGUGCUGCGAGUGCAGGCUCGGGGAGGUGGGCUCUACCCUCUACACCAAGGCCAACCUCAUCCUGUGUAGGAGGGACUACCUCAGGUUGUUUGGCGUUACGGGGACCUGUGCUGCCUGCAGUAAACUGAUCCCUGCGUUUGAGAUGGUGAUGAGAGCGAGAGACAACGUGUAUCAUCUGGACUGUUUCUGCUGUCAACUCUGCAACCAGCGGUUUUGUGUUGGAGAUAAAUUCUUCCUGAAGAACAACAUGAUCCUGUGUCAGAGCGACUACGAGGAGGGGCUUCUAAAGGACGGCUACAACCGCUGA